AUGGUCCUGCUAGUAAGCGGAGGCAAGGAGGGUGGAAAAUGGGUGAUUCCUGGUGGUGGCGUUGAAAAAAAUGAAUGCGCCGAAGAAGCUGCUCGACGUGAACUUGAAGAGGAAGCUGGAGUGAAAGCACGUCCCCUUGAAUUGAUUGGGCUAUUCCAGGAUGAUGAUCGAAAACAUCGCACAACCGUCUUUUUAAUGGAGGUUGAGGAGGAGUUGAGUGUAUGGGAAGAAGGUGAACAUGGUAGACGACGAAUAUGGUUGCCAUUGAAUGUUGGCGCCGAAGUCGUAAAGAUGGCUCACCGACCGAUACUCAACGCCGUCUUAGCUCGGUAG